AUGCGCUGUUUGCUCUUUUGCUACACGUGCAGCAUGGAGUCCCCACGAGAUGAGUUGAAUGUCGACCAGUCUCAGGUGAAAAAAGCAGCACAGGCAUUACAGGCGUUUAUAAAAAACAACACAUCGUCCCAGAAACUCUUCCAGAAUGACGGUCAGCCCAUCUCUCUGCUUUUUACCUUAUGGAAGAUUCCUAAAAAGGAGCAAACCAUUCGCAUUCCGUUACCCCAUGGAUUGAGGACAGAAUCUGGAGACGUGUGUCUCUUCACCAGAGAUGAACCCAACAUGACUGCAGAACAGACGGAACGAUUUUACAAGAAGUUACUCACAGAGAGAGGGGUCAAAAAUGUCACAGAGGUGAUUCCCUUCAAGGUGUUGAAGACUGAGUAUAAGCCAUUUGAAGCAAAGAGAAAACUGCUUGGCAACUUUGAUUUGUUCCUGUCAGAUGCACGCAUUCGGUUCAGGUUACCUUCCCAAAUUGGGAAGCAUUUCUAUGAAAGGAAGAAGGCUCCUUUGUCAGUGGAUCUAGAGAGUAAACAUCUGGCCAGAGACAUGGAGCGCCUCAUUCAGGGCACAACCCUCACCGUCUCAACUAAAGGCCCUUGCUGCAUGGCACGUGUGGCACAUUCAGAAAUGACAGCAGAUGAGAUCGUUGAGAAUGUGAUCACAGCCGUUUCCACAAUUUCAACAAAGUUAGCAUCUACAGGAAAAAACAUAAAAAUCAUCCAUUUGAAAAGUCAGACAUCAGUAGCGCUACCCAUCUACACCUCUGAUCUGAGUCAUCUCACGUUGGUGGAGGAGGCCCAGAAGAAAGCCCGUUUAACAAAGGGAGCGCAAAAGAGGAAGAGAAAAACUGAGAAUACAGAAGCGCCCAAACCAGUAACUAAAGAGAUGGAGGAAGAGAGAGACAGCGAAGAGGAAAUACCACAGCUGGUGCCAAUCGAGACGCCAAAGAAAAAGACAAAACGGGAGGGCCUAUCUAAAAAAGGACUGAAAAAAGUGCCCAAGCCUGCUGCUGGCAACAGUGUGAAGAAAUCUGUAAAAGACAAAAAACUUGUCAAGAAAACACCCAAAUGCACAGAACGUGAUCUGAAAAAAAAGAAGCUAAAAACAAAUAAAACCUGAAAAUGCAAUUACCACGCUGCUUUAACUAUUUACAUAGACGUAUUAUUGAACAAUAUUUUGUAUCUCACAGUUGUCAAAGUUCUUGUAAACCUUUUGUUCUGGUGGAAUCAACAGUGAAUUAAAAGAAUUUAAAAUCGGA